AUCAUCUUAUAAACUAGGUUAUAACUUAAAGUAAAAAAUUGGUUUCUUCAUUAUUCGUUCAGGUAGAAAAUCUAUAAUAUACACUUGAAUUUAAAUAGUUUAAAGUUGUUCGUAGUAACAAGUGUAAUUUACAUCCGCGUUGUUAAAUAGGAAUAAAUAUUUAUCAGUUUACUUAAAGGAUGUACACCAAAUACAAUACGACCUUUUAGUAACGUGCUAUGGGAAAUUCGAGUAGUUCUAAGCGAAGAAAAUGCAGUCCGGGAUCCCCACAACAUAACAAAGAUUCGACACAAACAACUAAAAGAAACAAUUGGGUCGAAGACAGAAGCCCUCAUCACAGCUUUAGCGGCUCGAGAGAGGUAAAUAGAAGUCUUCAACAGCAUAUUUGUAACGAGAAUGACUUAGAAAAGAGUUAUCACAAUGAAAAGGUUGGUAACAUAAGUAUGUUAUAUAAGGAUGACAUUCGGAAAAAAAAUGAAUCUCAAGAAACCAAAAAUCUUCACACUGAAAAUAAGAUGUUGACGUUGGACAAUGACAACCUGAAAAGUGAAAGAAGAGAGCUGAUAUCAAAACUGGAAGGUCACAAAGAAGAACUUAUGCAACAUAAAAAGGAAAUUGAUGAUCUUAAAACAAGACUUAGUAAAUUGGCUUCUGAUAGGCUUACUGACAAUAAUCCGAAUAUCACUGAUCUUAGCGACGAUAAUAGAGCCAUCAAGGUGGGAGAGAAGUUUAUUGAAUUGUACAACAAUGAGUGGAGUGAUGCAUUUGAGGAACUGACUGAAGUUUCCAAAAUGGAGGAGGUUGAAGCAAUUAAAUACCUUUUUGAUACAAUUAAAAAGAUAUUUGACAAAUGCAAGGAAACAGCAGAAGGACAUUCUAACAAACUGGAAGAAGCUAUUCUUGAGUUCACCGGUAACGAAGAGAUUCACCCGAUGCUGGCCAUGUCCCUGAAAGUGUACAAAGAUGAACGAAAAAGAAUGUUUAGAAAUACAGUUCCAAGUACUAAAACGAUAAUUCAAGCAAUUGCUCCUUCGAAAGAAAGAAUAUUGGGAAAAUUGAAUAUAUAUGUGGAAGCAGCUACAAUAAUUUGCUGGUUAAUGUGUAUUCAGGACCCUCCAAUGGUUCUUUAUACAACCAAGAAAGGAAAAAAGUUCGACGGAAAGUUUUUCAGUGCAUACACUGAACGCGGUAAACGCGUAGCGUUCCCUGUUUGGCCUGCGUUGCUCCUUUGCAAUGAUGGACCAGUCGUUCAGAAAGGUAUAGCACAAGGAAAAAAUAAGAAGAAAAGGAAUUUGGCGAGCAUAAGUCCUUCUGCAACGAACAAUAACGAAAAGGCACAUACAUUGGAGCUAGAAAACAAUACUUUGACAACUUUAAAUACUGAUUAUCAGGAGUCAGGCACAGAUACUCUCAUAAGAGUUUUAUCUAAAGAUAUUCAGGAAUUAGACAUAAAUACACUCACAAGAGUUGUACCUUAGAUUUUCCUGGGAACAACAGUACAGUAAACUGAAGAAGCACAAUCAUAACAUUCAUCUUUAUAUUAACAGAAUGCAUUCAUAUUAUGAUUUUGGAAUGCGUUGUACUAAUCAAAUAUUACAAUUUGAUUUUCACUUUCCUAAAAUGGAACAAUUGACAUGCCUUGCUUAAAAAAUUAAAUUCGGAACUGUAGAUUUAAUGACAGUUCAGUGACAGUAUAAAAUAACAAGUUACUGUACAGUGAUUUGUCAGACUCCAUGAGUUUGAAAACUGUCCUUGCGUAAAACUUAACAUGCAUUUAUAUUUAUUAUUACUUGAUAGUAGAAUGUUUGUCGUGAUCAAGGUAAAUGUUAUGUGAAUAUCAACUGUUUGACAUCCUUGAAAUACGUAGAUUAUAUAAGCAAACAUAUAUUUUGCUAGUAAAAGGAGAAAUAAAAAGUCAAUUUAAACAGGUUAUUUGAAUAUACAUGUAAAACAUAUCCUAUUAUAUUAACAGACCUGAUCAAACUCUGCGAAUCUCUUCUAGUAUUGAUUUCAUUUCCAUCGAGGGAUCUUUCCUUUUUUAUUUUUUUUAUUUUGUUUUAAUUACAUUAUCAGAUAAAGUUAUUUGAAAAUAAUGCAUCCCUCAACACAAUGUUAAAGAAAAUUGAGAACGUUUUGAGAAAAAUUACUUGAUAUAUGCCUCUUAUAAUCAAACUCAAAUCACAAAACUUGUGCAUAUAUUCUACUUAUGGUAGACCCGAUCUUUAUCGAGAUUUAUUUAUAUUUAUGAUUGAUUUGAAUAUAGUUGUAUUUAUGAUUGAUUUGAAUAAGAAGUGUUAAUAAAAACUAGUAUUCUGUUCAAAAGAUUUUGUCUCAGAUAAAACAUACCCCUUAAAUGCUUUUUAUUAUAAAGUAACGAAUUUAGUCAUCGUGGGUAAUACUCUUUUCAUCUUACGUUGUGGUUAUAAGGUUCUCCGUUUUAUUAUAUUUUUCUGUUCCUCCGGGAUCAUUGAUGGCAAAACAUUUAGUGUCGGGGGAUUGAAUACUGCAUUAAUCCGCUAUUAGCAGGAAAGAUGUAAUACUAGUACCUUACAUUUAUCACUCACGAAAGCUCUCGAUCACAUCGCGUCUACAAUUUUUAUCUUUUUAGUUUUGCUUUCAUUGCUCUUGACAAAUUUUACAGGUUCAAUUACACCUUUACUCUUCUCUAGAAACUACACAUUAUCAAUGAUAACAUAUAUAUAUAUUCUAUACCUAAAGGCAUUUAAGAAAAACACGAUUUCGAAAAGUGAAUCUUAGAUAAAUGUUAGCAUUUUGUUGAAUGAAGUUUGGGUAUAUCGUAUAUAAAAUUUGUAACUUUGGCAUGUACAAAACAGAUUACUUUUCACAUUUGUUUAUCCACAGUUUUCUUUCAGAUGAUUUC